CCUUGGAGUAAUAUUGUUCUGUGGUUGUAACUUGCCUGAAAGAUCUCAAACAUAGAUUAACUCUGAAAUUUAUAUGCGAAUCGCGCAUGCAAAAGAAAACUUAAAGAAAAUUUUUACUAUAUUAAAAGUAAACUAAAUUCAUUUGCAUCUCAUUUAAAAUAAAUGUUCAUUAAAACAUUUGCAUUAUAAUGUGGUGUGGUAAAUAACCAACCAUGGGUGAUGUACGGAAAAGGAAUAAAAACAAUGCUAAAGCUGAAAGUAGCAAAAAUAAUCCUGCUACAAUAACCGCUGAAAGAUCCUCUCCAAUAAAAGGUUUACCAUUAAGAGUUUUAUCGAGGACGGUAGUUAUUACAUCUCUGUUGAUAAUUGUAUACUUUUCGUCCAAAGAUAAUGUUCGGACAUUUGCAAAACAGUCCGAAAUUCUACCAGGGAAAGGUCAAAUUGUUGAAUGCUCCUCAGAUUAUAUUAAAGAGCUAUACACGUUUGAGGGUUGUGCUCCUAGAGACUGCAAGAGAUUUGUUACAGAUAAAGUUAUUUCUGUUAGAGAAGUAGAGGAAUUGUUGAAAAUAGCUACAAAGGGCCUUAAGUAUGGAGGUUCACAUGGUGGUGUUUCUAUAUUGGAUUUACACAGUGGUGCAAUGUCAUUAGGUCAGAAUUUUGUAAAUAUAUAUGAAGCUGAAGAUAUGAAAAAAUUGUUCACACAAGAGGACUUCAAUGUUAUAAGAAUUGUACGAGAUAAAAUAAAAUACAGUAUCUCUCAUCACUUUGGGCUUCAGCCCAAUAAAAUUUAUUCAACACACCCAACAUUUUUCUCAGAAAUGACUGCCAAAAAGGCUGUUACUAUUCAUGAUGAAUACUGGCAUCCACAUGUUGACAAAGUUUCCUACAAAUCCUUUCAUUACACUACACUACUGUAUUUAUCAGAUUAUAGUAUUGAUUUUGAAGGUGGUAGAUUUGUAUUUAUUGAUGAAAAGUUCAAUAGUACUGUAGAACCACGAAAAGCAAGAUUAAAUAUGUUCACAAGUGGUGCUGAAAAUUCUCACUAUGUUGAAAAAGUUACUUCUGGUGUGAGAUAUGCCAUGACUAUUCCAUUUACCUGUGAUAAAAAGUUUGCUAUAGAAGACCCUAGCAUAAAUAAGUAUAAUAAAAAACAUUCCAAAUAAAGUAUUAUAAUUAUU